CAAUUUACCGCGUUUUUAGUUAUAUCGGCAGGAGCGAACGGCUCAGAUCAUAACAUGCAUGUCCAAAAGAAAAUCUUGACCGUUGAUUACUAGAUUGCUACCAGAGCUGAGCUCGAAGUUCUCAUACAAACGAGCAAAACCGAGCUCGAUAGAGAGAGAGAGAGAGAGCAACGCACUGCAAUUUUGUAGUGAGAGAAUAGGAACUCAGAAGCAAUUGCACUGUGAUAGGAUGAGAAGAACCCUAGUAGCACUUGCAGAGAGAGAAACGAAGACCGUAACACCGAUUUCCCUUAUUAAUGGAGGAAUUCAUUUGAAACAUGUCAUUUACAUGUUCGAAGUCCAGCAUUUUUCCUGCUAUUUUAAUGUUAAAUUUUAAUCAAGUUUUAUAUUUUUGAAGAAUUCUGGCAGUUUAAUGCCCAGAAAACUAUGGGUAGAAGGAAACAGAAACACCCAAAUCGAUCAGGAGGGAUUUCAAGAGCUCCUGAAGAAAACGCAGAAACUUCCGGUAAUGAUGCAUUGAAUGAUUCAAGUAACAGAGAAGAAACAGGUGAUCAUAUUGAGAAUUUGCAGUUCAAUCAUGCCAAAGAGGUUUUUGUAGAAAUUAAUCAGAAUAAUUCAAACUCAGAUGAGCAAUUUGACGUAGCGGAAGUGUUUUUAGGAAACAUUAGAUUUUCAAAUGGGUUUCAUGAUCAUAAUUUAAUAGAGGAGAUUUAUGAGAAGCUUGAUUAUUCUCUUCAAUUGAGGUUUUGCGUUGGAGUGGAUGAUCACAUAAGAAUAGGGCAUUGGCCUGUAAUUUCAGCGGACAAUAUUUUUCUUGAAUUUGUUUGUUACAAGAAUCCCUCAGAUGAGGAUUCAAAUGACCGGGCACAAAAUGUUGUUUUUUGGGGAAAUUUCGAUGGCCCAGCUGAAGGUGUUUCUGGUCUUGUUCAUUUAGUUAACGAGAGGUCUAUCACAUUGAAGCCUGUUAUAGAAUCUAGGGCGUUUGGAACUGAGUUUUCACCAAGGUUUCGGGUAGUGAUUCUCAAGAAAGCUUUUGAAGCUAGUGGGGUGCUUUCUGAUACUUCAAGGAAACCAUGGAAGAAGAGUAUGGUGAAUAUGAUGGCUUGGCUAAGGCCUGAAGUUACAACUGACGAGGCUAAGUACAGGGUUUCUAAAUUAGAGGCAGCGGAUGAAAGUUUUCAGAUAGAUGAAAGGUCUCAUUUGGGUCCUCAAAGACGAAGAAGGUUCAGUGCUGCGGCCUUUUAUGAAGCAAUAAAGCCAUCCAAAGAAGAGCCCAUGUUGAAAGAUGAAUUGCCUGACUUGAUACCACAACUUAGACCGUACCAGCGCCGUGCAGCUUAUUGGAUGAUACAGCGGGAGAGAGGAGAAGGACAUGAGAAUGGAGCGAAAGGGGAACAGGAGAUAUUCUUUAGUCCUCUAUGUGUUCCUGUGGAUUCGGUUGACUUAAAUUCACGAAUGUUCUACAACCCAUUUUGUGGAAAUGUUUCAUGGCAUUUAGAAGCCUCACCAUCCUAUGUCUCUGGAGGAAUUCUUGCUGAUGAAAUGGGUCUAGGUAAGACUGUCGAGCUACUUGCUUGCAUUUCUGCCCAUCGCAGGGAGUUAAUGGAACUUGAUACUCUUACUAAUCAUGAGGUUGAUGAUUGUUCCCAAAGGAAUAUUAAAAGAUUAAAAAGGGAACGUGUAGAAUGCAUAUGUGGUGCUGUGAAUGAGAGCCCUAAGUAUGAGGGUUUGUGGAUUCAGUGUGAUAUUUGUGAUGCUUGGCAACAUGCAAAUUGUGUUGGCUAUAAACCUGGGAAAUCUCUAGCCACAAAUGGUUUUCUUGGAGGAAGAGGAUUGAAACAAGAUCUAUCUGAAAAAUCACAAAAGAACUCUAAAAAGAAAAGUGGCCCUGUUAUAAAAGUCACAGAGGGAGAUUAUGUGUGCCCAACCUGCUCAGAAUUGAUCCAAGUUGCUGACUGCACAACCAUCACGGGUGCGACUCUGAUAGUCUGUCCAGCUCCUAUAUUGUCACAAUGGCAAACUGAAAUUGCUCGUCAUAUGAAGAUUGGGUCUUUGAAAACUUGUGUAUAUGAAGGUGUAAGAGGCUCAUCCUUGUCCAAUAAUUUGAAAUUCGAUAUGGACAAACUUGCUGGUUCCGACAUUGUGCUGACAACAUAUGAUGUGUUGAAAGAAGACCUUUCACAUGAUUCUGAUAGGCAUGAUGGUGAUCGUCGCUUCAUGAGAUUCCAGAAGAGGUACCAAGUUGUUCCUACUCCUCUGACUAGAAUUUUCUGGUGGCGGAUUUGUUUGGAUGAGGCUCAAAUGGUAGAGAGCAAUGCAGCUGCUGCAACAGAGAUGGCAUUGCGUUUAAGUGCUCAGCAUCAUUGGUGCAUAACAGGUACCCCAAUACAACGUAGCCUUGAUGACAUGUAUGGCCUCUUGCGGUUCAUUAGAGCAAAUCCUUUUGAUUUCCAGAGGUGGUGGGUGGAAGUUGUCAAGGAGCCAUACGAGAAAGGAGACAUCCGGGCUAUGGAUUUCACUCAUAGUUUAUUUAAGAAGAUUAUGUGGCGUUCAUCCAAAGCUCAAGUUUCAGAUGAACUUCAGCUACCUCCUCAGGAAGAACUUGUUUCAUGGCUAACUUUCUCACCGAUUGAGGCCCACUUUUACCAAAGACAACACGAAACUUGCGUAAUAUAUGCACAGGAAGUCAUCGAAAGUUUUAGAAAUGAUAUACAUAAAAGGGAAGGCUUUCCUGGUCUUGAAGGUUCAUGUGAUCAGUCUCUUUCUCAUGAGGAGGCUGCAAAGCUUCUUGUCUCUUUAUUGAAGCUUCGGCAAGCCUGCUGCCAUCCUCAAGUCGGGAGUUCUGGCCUGCGCUCCUUGCAACAGACUCCUAUGACUAUGGAGGAGAUAUUGGAGGUUCUCAUAGGAAAAGCCAAGAUUGAAGGAGAGGAAGCUCUAAGAAGAUUGGUGGUUGCAUUAAAUGGCCUGGCAGGUAUAGCUGCAAUUGAGAAUGAUCCCCAACGUGCAAUAGUAUUGUACAAGGAAGCAUUGGCACUAUCCGAAGAGCAUUCAGAACAUUUUCGUUUGGAUCCUUUAUUGGGGCUUCACAUACUCCACAAUUUGUCUGACCUGCUCCAGGUCUCCUCCCAAUGUUCAGAACAGGGUGAAUCAAUGGAAAAUCAAUCUUCUGUAAGCCUAGAAGGAAAGACGACUGAUCUACCUGAGAGUUGCGAGUUUGAUAAUCCUCCUGUGAAAAGACAGAAAACAAUUGAGAGCUGCAGUUCCACUUCACAAGAUUUAUCAGUUCGGAUCGAUGAUGACAACAUUACAAAUGUUUAUGCUCAAUUUCAUCUGCCGUCUAAGUUCUUGAGUGAUGGUCAAUUGAGAGUAGAGUGUGAGAAUAUUAAACAGAAGUUUUUAUCUGCAUUUCUUUCAAAGCUAUCCUUAGCCCAACAAGAGUUUAAGAAUUUAAAUAUGCAGGUCCAUGAGGCCGAUAGUGCAUGCAAAGGUCACCGUGUCAGUUGGUGGAUGCAUGCCCUUGAUCUGGUUGAACAGAAUGAGUGGACAAGUGACUUGGUUGAAAAAAUCAGUGAGGGGUUACCAGGGGCUCGGAACAAUUCCAAAUCUUCAAGAAUUAUUUCAAGGUUUCGCAGCAUAAGUGGCCUGAAGUAUCUAAUACAAACUGGACUGGAUUCCCUUGAAAACUCUAGAAAGGAAUUAGUUGAUCGUCUCCUGGAGAUUGACCAAACAAUGGAGAAACCUAGGGAUGUUGAUAUUGAACGUGUAAGAUUCUGCAAGAAUUGCCAAAUGAAUGAUGAUGGACCUCUGUGCAUCCAUUGUGAAUUAGAUGAAUUGUUUCAGGGAUAUGAGACUCGGCUCUUUCUACUUACUAAAGGAGAUAGUAGUGGGAUGGUUGCAUCAGCUGAGGAAGCCCUAGAUCUGCAGAAGCAAAAGUCUGAAUUGAAUCGUUUCUUUGGGGGCUUAUCCCAAAUAAAUAAAACUACACCUGUAUCAAAUGUUAAAGCAGAAGAGAAUAGGAUGCAACGUCAGGUUAAAGUGAACGUAGUGGUUUCAAGGUCUCCCUCAGAAUUGGAAGUCAUCCUUAAGAUUAUAAAAAGCUUUUUAAGAUCACGACUUGGAAGAGAUCAUAUGGUGUCAGCCAACAAGCAUUUAUUUCUUUUUGAGACUAUGAGAAAGGAGUUUCCGGCCGCAAGGUCAUUGUCAGUUGUUCAAGCACAAUAUCUGCGUGCACAUGAUGAAAUUAAGAUGGCGACUUCACGACUUCGCUUGAGGGAGACCAACGAUGAGCAUUCAACUAUAGAUGCCUUAAGCUCAGAGGAAUUGGUUACAGCUAGUGUGCAAUUUUCUGGUGAAAAAUUUCUCUCACUUGCCACACUAUCUCGUAUGAAAGGGCAACUUCGUUAUUUGAAGGGUUUGGCUCUCUCUAAGCAGAGAAUAAAACCUGAGGAUUCUAAUGUUUCAUCCAUGAACGAGGAUCAAAAGAGUGAUGUACUGGGGAGUCUUGGUGCUCAAAGGACAGCUCCAAUUGGUUGCCUGGAUCGUAAUUAUGAUGAGGCAUGCCCAGUUUGUCAGGACAAAGCUGGUGACCAGAAAAUGGUGUUCCAGUGUGGACAUGUUACUUGUUGCAAAUGUUUUAUUUUAAUGACGGAAGGAUCAGUAUUUCCUAAUGGAAGGUCACAAGGAAAGUGGGUCAUGUGCCCAACCUGCAGACAACAAACAGUUUUUGGCAACAUAGCUUUUGUCGAUGAUAGCAUUAGUGGAGCUUCUGAUUUGGGAUCACCGGAUAAGUGCCAAGAUCAAGAAAAGUCCGAAAAUUCAAUUUGUGUUCAUGGUUCAUAUGGUACAAAGAUCGAAGCGGUCACAAGGAGAAUUCUAUGGAUUAGGUCGACAGAUCCAGAAGCCAAAGUUUUGGUCUUCUCGAGCUGGAAUGAUGUCCUUGAUGUGCUGGAACAUUCUUUGGGUGCUAACAGUGUUAGCCAUAUCCGAAUGAAAGGGGGCAGGAAAUCACAACUUGCUCUCAGGCAGUUCAAAGGAGAAACAGAUAAAGCCAAACGAGGUAAAGAAGGGGAUCAUGAGAACAGACCCAUCCAAGUGUUACUACUCUUGAUUCAACAUGGGGCCAAUGGUCUUAAUCUCCUUGAAGCGCAGCAUGUCAUUCUUGUAGAGCCGCUUCUGAAUCCUGCCACAGAAGCUCAAGCAAUCAACAGAGUCCAUAGAAUCGGACAGGAUAAAGCAACUUUUGUUCAUCGUUUCAUUGUGAAAGAUACAGUAGAGGAGAGCAUAUACAAGCUCAACAAAAACAAGCCUCCUAACUCUGUGAUCAAUAGCAAUAACAGAAACAAUGAUCAUCGCUCCCUAACUCUUCGGGACGUUGAGUCCUUAUUUUUGUCUGGAAAGCCUUCUUCGGAACCUUUAGAAAAUGGCAAUUCGUCCGAGAAUUUGACGCAUUUGCCACCAUCUGUUGCAGCUGCUUUGGCUGCCGAGAAUAGAUUGAAGCAGAGCUUACAAGAAGCACAGUGAGUUCGGCAAAAGAAAUGGAAAUUCCAAUGAUCUCUGGAAAUUGUGGUUUCCUAAGGAAUGCUGAGCCUGAUCUGCCUGGUCCAGGGGAGAGAGAGAGAGAGAGAGAGAAAGAGAGGGGAUCCAAAUUUGGAACAUGUUUGAAGAAGAAAAAGAAGGGGAAGGGGGAUCAAUCAUGUAAAUAUGUAAAAUGCAUUAAAGCCUAAUUUAUUUUUGUUGAAAUUAUUCUCCUUAUUAUCGUUGUAUCGUCAUUGAUGGUACGUUGGGAAGUCUAUUUACAAAAAUUUUUGGGCAUAAUCAUUAGGGAAACUUUACAUGUGGCCAACCCAUGUAUAAAAACAUACUUAAUUCUUA